ACCUUAUGAAUAUGUUUUAAACUUUUUUUCUGCUCAGUCCUCUAUUAAAAAAUCGUAAAAAAAAUAAUAAAAUAUGUAAAAAUAUAAUUAAAUUCAUUAAAUGUACGUGUUUUUUUUUAUAUUGUGAUUUAAGAAAUUAAGUUUAUUAAAAUUACAAUCAUAAAAUGUUUGAGUUGCCAGCGGAAUUGACAGCCAAACCUUUGGCCUUUGUGGCUAUAACUGGUUUAAAUAUGUCAAAUACAAUUCACAAAUCGAUUUGGGACGCAUUUAUCAAUAAUCGUCGUCCUGAUAGUGCUGCUAUUCAAUAUAAAUUAUUAAGUGGCAGUUUCGAAUUUCCAACUGUAAAACCGAAGAGAAAUUCUUACGAAUGGUACAUACCAAAGGGAAUUUUAAAACGAAAUUGGAUGAAUAAAUAUUUAAAUGAAAUUCCCUCUCUUGUUGUUGUUUUCUAUGAUCUUGAUUGGACCGAUCCAAUGUGGAAUGAGAAAAAAAUGGAAUGUGUCUCGAGAGUCGAUUCUUUGAGAGCCGUUUCAGAAGGACGAAAUCCAAGGAUUGCAAUUGUUUUGAUUCAAAGACACGCGGCUCCUCCGGGUACAGAGGAUGUCCUUGCAACUGAGAGAGCAACAGCACUUUAUACCGCUUGCGAUAUUCCUGCGAAAUCACUUUAUAUUCUACCACUUGGCGAUCAUCUCAUGGGAUACAUUACUAGAUUGGAAGGAGCGUUUAACGACUUGGCGCAAGGAUUUUAUCAUCUCGAAUAUCGAAAUGUGAAAGGACAUCGUGAUCAAUUAAAUAAAACGACUCAUCAAUAUUUAUUUAUUCGACAUCAAUUUAAAAUGGGCUUUUUUAACGAACUCAAACAUGAACAACAUACAGCUCAAAAACACUAUCAGCAAGCUUACAACAAUUUACUCGAUAUACGAAUGACUGACACAAAUUCAUUAGAAAUCAAAACUGUUGCUAGUUUUUUAAAUUACAAAUUAUGUAAAUUAAUGUUUUUGUUAAAUCUUCCAAAAGAUGCAAUAUCACAAUUUAAAAGUCACACUGAAAGAUUUAAAAUUAGACCGGGACCUUCGGAAUUGAUAUUUGAGCAUCACGCCUGGAUGUCGAGUCAGUAUUCGACGUUUGCCGAAUUAUUUGACGAAGCAAUUCGACAAGGACUUCCAGCUGUUCAAACGCAGCAUCCUGGUUAUUAUUUUCAAUUGGCAGCUAAAUACGCGAGCGAAAGGCAAUUGGCAUCAAAGGAAAUUUGCUCUAGUGUGAAAUCGUAUCCAGAACCGGAUCCAUUGGGAGAUGAGGAAAAAAUGGAAUUUUAUGGUCAAAGGCCAUGGAGACUGGGAAAAUUAAAUGCUGAACCUGCGGAUUCAAUGGGCGAAACAGCAGCGAUUCAGGCUCUUCAGUUUAGAGAGAAAACCACUGUCAAUCAUUCUAUGAUAAUUAUAGGCCUUUUAGGAAAUGCAAUUUCACAGUUUAAAAUCUAUCGAUGUCCACGAAUGCGUCGAGUAUUAGUUGUACAAAUGGCGGAGGAAUAUUUUAAUGCAAAAGAUUAUGGAAAAGUUUUAACAUUAUUGAUUCAUAUGUUAUGGGAAUAUCGAAGCGAGCGCUGGCCGCUUUUACUCACAAAUAUUUUAAAGACUGCUCUUCGCGCUGCAUAUUUAUCAGUUAAUGUUCAGGAUUAUCUUGCAUUGGCCCUUGAAUCCCUGGGACCAACGACAUUGUUUUCCAAUGAACAUCAUUCGACUAUUCAUGCCAAUAUUUUCAGUAUACUCCAGAGAAAACCACCAAAUCCAGAGCCAGAUUUGCCUGAACAUGACAAAAGUGUUGUUCAAAAAUGGAAUUCAGAACUUUCUCGACCGGAGCCAAUUUUAUUUACAAUCGAUGACAAUACAACAUUGUCAUUUAUUGAAAUUAAAACGAGAUUCACCGAACCAAAGUACACUGUCAAUUCUAAUGUAACGAUUCAAGUUCUCGUCAGGAACUUGUGUCGAGAAAAUAUCGAAUUUUCAAAAAUAUCCGUAACAGUCAGUAAUCCAGGAUAUAAUUUGGAAAUUCCAAUAAUCGGAAGUUCUGAGGAUUUUAAAUUUCGUCAAAAUGAAAUAAAAAAAUUCACAUGUCAAUUUCAAGUUCAGUGCAAUGGAAAUGAAAUUCAAAUUAGCGCAGUUUCUUUUUAUUUAGGUCGGGAAAAUAAUUGUUGUGUUGUUAUGCGAUUUUCACCAAACGGAAGUGAUAAUUCUGUCGAUCGACUGUAUCCGGAAAUUCAACAACUUCGAAGUAGUGAAUUCGAUAGAAUGAGACCAUUAACAACAGCUCAAAUUAAACAUGAGGAAUCGAAAAUUAUUUUAAAAGCCGAAUCAGAAGAGCCAGCAUUAUUGGGCGAAUGGUUUCCAAUAAAAAUUUCCAUUUUCACUGCUGAAAAUAUAACGAAAAGUAUUUUGAAAAUGUCCCUUGUUAAUACUGGAAAUAACGAACAAUUAACCGAAUUGAGUUUAAAUGCAAAAGACAAACAAUCACAUAUUGCCGAUGAAGUGAAUAUUGUGGAAAAUAUUUCAAUUGAAAGGAUUAUUUAUUUUCGUGCACACAAAAUUGGCAUAAGGAGUUUUAUGAUAAAAUUGGAUUAUUUGAAAAAUGAUCAGAAAAAAAGUACAGAACCACUUAUGUUGGAUGUGAGUGUUGUAAAACCAUUUGAAAUUACAACACAAUUUUAUACAAUGCUUUAUGAGCCAUUGACAAAGGGUUUUAUUAAUGAGCCAUUUUUUAUGAUGCCACACAUUACUUGCACAUCGCCAUGGCCUAUAAAAAUUAUAGGCACGUCCAUUGAAUUGGGAGAUUCAAUUCAGAGGGAAAGUGAAGGAAAAAUGGAGGAUAAAGAAGAAAAAAAUGAAGAAUGUAUUUUAGCAGAAACUAUUCUUAAAGAAGGUGAAGCUGGAACGGAUGUUUAUUCAGUUUUUCCAAAAAUUGGAAGCGAACAACCAACAAGUACUGGAGUUUAUACUGUCAGAUGGAAACGAGCGAACAAUGAAAAUUCUUUGGAAACAAGCAAUAGUGUAACAUUAACACCACUUUGGGUGGAAAAUUCUGUGAUUGGAAUUGAAGCUAAACUUCCAGCUUUUGGCUCGGUGCGAACUCCCCUUUGCAUUACUUAUUACAUUCGAAAUCAUUCUGAUUUUUUAAUAACUCUUCAUAUGACAAUGGAAGCUAGUGAUGCCUUUAUGUUCGCAGGAAAUAAAGAGGUCGAUAUUUAUAUUCUUCCUGAGAGCGAAAGAAAAGUCGAAUGGAUUUUGCGACCACUUGUCGCUGGAUUUGUUGCACUUCCAACAUUAACGCUCGCUGUAUCAGAGGAAGAGGAACACAAAUUAAGUAAAAACAAAUUAGCCGAAGUUUUAGAAAGAUCAUUACCAAGUCAUAUUUAUAUAAUGCCAAAAUCACAAAUCUCCGAAGAAUAGAAAUUUCAAAUGAAAUAAAAUCAAUUUCCAACAAAAGCGCAGUUUAUUUUUAAAUAAACUGUUUUAUAAAAUAAAAUACGAAGGAGAAUAUUAGAAAAAAUUUUUUUUUUUUUUUAAUUAUGAAACGUGUACAAAAUAUUUGUUUGUUAAAUAAACUUUUGUUUAAGUUAAA